AUGUGUGUGCCCAUUCAACUUGAUGAAGAAGGAACGAAUUUCAAUACUUGGCAACGUCUUGAUGAUAUUGUCCGCACGUGGAUUGGUACUAUUAGUCCUUCUCUUCUUAAAUCGAUUGUCCGUCCCGAUGAUAGUGCUUUUGAUGCUUGGAUUCGCAUUGAGAACAAUUUUCAAAACAAUAGAACUUUUCAUAUUCUUCACCUCGAGUCUCAAUUCAAUGAUAUUUCCCUUGCUAAUUUCCCAAAUGUGAAGGCUUAUUGUAAUGAACUUGAGAAUAUUGCUACUUCUCUUAAUAAUCUUAGCACUUCUAUUUCCGACAAUCAGUUGGCUCUUCAAGUUCUCCAUGGUUUGACUACCGACUACCAUACUUUUCGAUCCUUGGUUCAACACAUGUCUCCCGUUCCUUUCUUUGACACUCUUCGAUCCAUGUUAGAAUUGGAAAAACAUUCUCACAACAAAGAUAGUUCUUCAUCUCAUGAUUUGGUUCUCCUUACUACUCCCAAACCUUUCUCAAUUGAAAAUUCUAAAAAUUUUGAACCCCGGGAUACCCCCAACCACCGUGGUGGCCGGUCAAGCCGCGGCAACCACCACAGUGUAUGA